AUGUCUCAUGGCGCGCUGCAGAGACUCCCGUACGUGCGUACUGCAGCGGAGAUUUUGGAGAUGAAGUUCUGGCGGGCUUCCGUGAGCGAGAACAACCGCAUUGUGGACCCCAUCAAACGUGCUAAAAAUUACACCUCGCGCUGCAUUAACAUGCAGCUAAAGAAUCUAUCAGAUGUCACGCGCCAAACGUCAUUAGCCUUUCCGGCACUCAGAUGCAUGCACCCGUUUGAGCGAGAGGUCGUGGUACUGACGCUGGGCGAAGGCACGUACGAGAAAUCUCUUCAAAAGUUACGCGAAGUAUACGCGACACUACAUAAAGUUGGAAAACAUUACGAGCUUGAUUGUCAAGGGUCACGCACAAAAAAAGAGGCAUUUGACUGGGGAUUCCGGUGCGUCGAGGGGCUGAAGAAUGCAGUUGAUUCCAACACAGAUACGCUCAUUGAAGUGGCGAAUAUGGCAAAGAUGCUUCGAGGACUUCCUCAUGUCGACCUUGACAAGCCCAUUUUCGCAUUUGUUGGAGCCCCAAAUGUCGGAAAAUCAUCGCUAGUGCGCGCACUGUCCACUGCUUCUCCUGAAGUAGCUAAUUACCCAUUCACAACGCGUGGAAUCACGAUGGGCCACAUUUUUGUUGAAGGUAUCUCAUACCAGAUUGCAGACACUCCUGGUUUGAUCAACCGCCCGAAUGAAAGUCGAAACUCUAUCGAGAAGCUAGCGAUUGCGAUGAUAGAGAAGACGCAAGCCUCGAUCGGUUACGUUUUCGAUCCAACGGGCUCAUCUGGUACGUCGACAGCCGAUCAGAUCCUUUUAAGGGAUGAGCUUCGACAUCGAAUUGCAAAAUCGCGCCCUGGGCAUAAAUGGAUCGACAUCGUCUCGAAAAUUGAUCAGCCGUCAGCCGACCAGGUGUUGCUACAGCAAAGGCUCAAGUCGUCACCGCAUCAUCUAGUUUCAUCCCAUACGAACGAGGUUGCUUCAAGACGGGAAUUUUCUGCGCCCGGUGAUGCCUGUAUCGAUCAACCCGGACCUCCAUUGAAAAGCGCGACAUCAGCACCCACUGUUGAUGCUAUAGAAAAGGCUUGCUGUAGGUCCGUGACUGAUAGUGAUGCCGAACGUUGGCAAGGAAGAACGCUUUGUGAAAUCAAUGCGCCUCAUGUAGAUAGCGUACGAAGUCCGCCUAAAAGUCCAAAGAGGCGCCAACGCUUUUCCUAA